AUGAGAACACAACGCAAAGGAGUCACCGAGAAUACCCCCAGCAAGAAAAACAAGAAGAACAACACCAUGGGGAAUACUCCUACUUCAACAGACAAAGACAACAGCGCAACUGCAGCAGCUACUACAAAGCUAAACCAGCUCAAAAAAGCACAAUCUCUUGCCCAAGACAUUGCCUACAGUCCUUUUACGUUGAUUUCGACAGUCUAUACCGAUGCGAUCAAAGUUGACUUUACCACAAUCUCGGUCAACAAUGUACCUCCUGUCGUGCCGAAGUUCAAGAUGCCUGAUACGCAGAUGCCUGUUGUUAGGUGGAUUACUGAUCAGCCCCAUUCCUUUUCCACCCAACGGAACUGCUUUAUCCGUCUGGCAUAUAUGCCGGCUUUUCUCAAAUACAAGAUGAGCAAACCAUUUUACAAAUUCUGUGACUCAGCGGGUCAGACACUGCAAGCUACAGACUGUUAUGUCAUGGCCGACUGGCGGGAUGAAAUCUUCAGACUGAAAGCCGCGAAAGAACACUUUCUUAGCCUCAAGACCUUGUUUACCAAUGCCGUCCAGACCUACGCCAUGAAGAUGGUACAGUACCGCUGUGAUCGGAGGAACUGGGAACUCAACAUUCUCCGAGACGCAGCCAAUGACACCAAGGAAGACAAGGCAACAAUCAAGGCAGCCAAACAAUGGGUUGAACAGGAGAACCACGCCGACGACAAUGGUGACUACAAGAUUUUCGAUGUAGGUGACUUUCAAGCCCCAGACGACAGAGAUGUCUACCCACAACAAUGGAUGCAGAGAGACACUACACUCCCGGCAUGGGUUGCUCAGCAAGAGAAGAAAUAUGACGCCACUAUUGACAAAAUCAAUGAAAUCAUUGCCGAGAAGGUUAAACCACCCACCACUGGACAAAAGAGGACGCUCAACUUCGUGGAAUCAGACGAUGAGGAAGACACACAUCAAUGGGAUCUGCCUGACGAUCUUACAUUGUAUGGCGAUUGGGUGGCAUUUCGCCAUGCAAGCUGGGCUAAGGACAAGCCUAAGCGUACUGACAAUAUUCUCUCCCUCUACAACAUCCCGUCAAACAUCCCUUCUGAUCCGACCCAAUGGCCCCAACAAUUGCUUUCCCUAUCGCGAGACAAAGUCCUUAAGAACGAUGAAGACUUCAGCAAGUAUCCCUGGGGCAGACCAGCAUACGCUUUGCAAGCCACUUUGGCUAAAGCUCCUGGAUAUACAAAGGACUCACUAUUUACGAUAGACGCCAGUAAUGCACUCAGACGUCUUGAGGGCUGGUUUUUCAAUCUCAGCAAACCAGCAGCAAAUGGACUUGACCUCACCACAGUUGAGCAGUGGCCAGUGACAACAAAGAUCCGUGAUCCGAUUGUCAACAUCCUGAAGAACCUUAACGCAGACGAGACGACACACCCCGCGUUCUUCAAGAAAUAG